CAGUGAUGAAGUUCUCACAGUUUUCCAGUUUCUCACAAGCUGUCUCUUUCAUAAGGGUAUUCUCAUGUGCAACAGUUGAUACCCGACGGACGAUAGCCGCUGGACAAUUGUCGCUACCUUUAGCUUUUUCAAAAAUGCAGGGCUUCCAUAUUAUCGCCGCGUUGGCUGUAUUGCUUGCUCCGGCUGUGGCCGCGGCAGGGCGAGACAUAACGACCACUAAAAUUCGUCCUUUCAACGACCCGGUCACAGACAAACACCGCGUCCUUAUUGAGCUGUUUGUAAUGUCACGUUGCCCUGACGCACGUCGAGCCGAGGCCCGGUUCGACGAAGUGUUACGUUCAGUGCAUAGCAUUGCCGACAUCCGGACAGUAUACAUUGCAAACCAGGCACAGGACGGCGGCAUCGCUUGCAUGCACGGUCCAGACGAAUGCGCCGGCAACGUGCAGCAGCUGUGUGCUGCCAAGUACGGCAGGCAAGGCGUCCAGGCAGGCACCGACCCCUUCUCCCUGGGCUGGUCCUUCAUCAUGUGCCAGAACGCCAACUUCACCGAUGUGGGGUCGCCGGCUCUUGCGGAGGCAUGCCUGCAGUCCGCGCGUUUCCCGCCCGCCCAGGCCGCCCGGGUGCGCGCCUGCUGGUCGGGCCCCGAGGGCGGGCGGCUGCUGGCUGCCUCCGCGGGGGAGGCGCUGCGGCGGCGCGUGCACACCAGCUGCACGGUGUUUGUCGGGGGGGACUACCGCUGCACGCAGGACGGGGGGCAGUGGCGGGACUGCCCGGGCGGCUCCCAGGUGGCCGACUUCAUUGCCAGCGUGUGCGGCAGCUACCGGGCCGAGGCGGGGCGCUGGCCGGAGGGGGCGUGCGGGGCGGAGCCGAGGGAGGAGGGGGAGGGGGAGGAAGGAGGAGGAGAGGAGGAAGGCGGUCGAUGAAGGAGCGGCAAUCAUGUGGAGGAUGAGGAGGGCCCUGUGAGCUGGGCUGGAUGAUGGUGCAUGGUGACUACCGGAGGAGUCGAGGGG